AAAUAUUAUAUGAAUCCCGCUAAACUCUUGACCUUUUGGAUCUAAAUCUUUGAUACUAUCUCAUGAAACCACUCAUCCCAAAAGCUUAAGCUGAUAGGAAAAGGUAACACUAAUGGCUAUAUCUCUGAUAUUGAGUCGGACAUCUCUAAAUCUCCAUUGUAAUACAGUAUACAAAUAUUUUAUUGGCUCCCUAUACUUCCUCAUAUUAUAUAUAUAUUUUGGUAUAUCAUUCAAUUUUUUAGACACUAGAAAUGAAAAGCACUUCCCAGUUCCCACUUCCCACAUGACCACUAUUGUAUAAUAGAAGUAUGAUUGUAUUUGAAUUUUAGUGGCAAUUACCAAGAAUACCAGCCAAAUAAAAGAAGCAGUAGUUGAAUUCAUGACUCAUGUUCUUUGUGUGAAUCCAAAGCCGUACACAAUGAGAACUAGAUUAACUACUAUAAGCCAAAAACUAUCAAGAAUCUUUGAUAGAGAAAGAUGGCUCAAAACAAAGGUUUACAUGGAGAGAACAAGAGAAAAAGGCAAUAUGGUUUCAUGGUGAUGCUAGCUUUUGGUGUUUCAUUUCUUGGUGUUCUGAUGCUUCACAAGUUUAGAGAGAGGCGUGUAUGCAGCUUUCUUGUCAAGGAGAAAGAUGGGGAACUUCUUUCCCUUCAGCUUUUAUUGCAGGAAAGAGAUCACAACAAAGAGAUAGAAGGUAAGAUUGAGGAAAUGAAGGCGAAGAUAUACUCAUUGAAAGGUCAGAAGAUGGAGCUUGACAAGAGAGUUUUGCAGAUGAAGUCUACCAUGGAUUCUCUAAAAGAAGAGCAGCGAGUGAUCGAAUCUGCAUUCGAGGAGAAACAGAACGAGAUUAGGAUGCUGCAAGUACAAGGGAAAAUUUUGAAAAACAAUAGUGAGUUGAACACUUUCAAGGAUGGUGAGAUUAGAGUAGAAUCCAAGGAUGAAGUUAUGAAUGGAAGUGGGAAUGAUGAUAGAUUGAUCGAGACGAACGAACAUGACAAGGGGAAAGUAAAUCGACAAGUCAAAGAUACUCGAGAUGAUAGUAAUUUAGGAGUUACUGCUAAAAGUAAGAGUGGGAAGGAAAAUGAAAUAAACAAACAAGAGGAGCAGCAAGGAGUUGAGAAAAAGGCCAAUGGUAAAGAUUCUGUAAUGAAACAUGCCCAAGCAAGUAGAUUAAUGUGGAGGCAAAGGAGAAAGAAUAGCUUGAACGCUGAAGCAAGAGAACAUAGAGUAGAUGAAAUAAGACAAUAAUUCAUUAAUCUUCUGACAUAUUUCAUGAACAACCUGAAGAAUUUCAAGAAAGAAUGCACUCAUAGUUGCAAUGACUAAUAACUGAUUUCUUCAAGGAGUAGAUCAAUGAAAAAUAGAGUUUCAAGCAGGUUUUGUGAAUCAUAUUUACUGUUUUCAGGUAAAAUACAUUAGAUGGAAAUUUGUCGGUAAUCUUAAAAAGUACAUACCGCAAAUAUAUCAUAAAAAUUAUAUAACUUAAAAUGAAUUAUGUUCUAUGGAUUUGCCUUUUUUUUUUGUUCUUUAUGAAAAGAAAAUUAACAACAGAUACUAACUUCAAUAUAUUUUGCCACCAUUUUCCUAUUUGAGGUUGUCAUAGUAAUUAUACUAUUUAUCUUGGUUAAACUUCCACUAGUAGCCUAGAGUUUUAUGAUGUGAUCUCGUGUGGUAAUUGCCGUUAGU